AUGGGUGAUUAUGAAAAGUCGUUAAGUAUUCAAGGAAAUGUAACACGUAGUUCUCUUGAAUGUGCAACAACAUAUAUAAAUUUAGGUGAAACUUAUCGUGAAAUGGAAAAUUAUUUAAUGGCGUUAACAUACUGUGAAAAAGGAUUGAAAAUACAUGAAGAAAAGCUACCAAAAAAUCAUCCUAAUUUAGCAAUAAUAUAUCACAAUAUGGCGAAAUUAUAUUUAUCCACUGGACAACAUAGUAUGACAAUUACAUAUGUUCAACAAGCAGUAGAUAUUGGACAAGAGAAAUUACCCAGAUCUCAUCCUCAUCUAUUAAAAUAUAGAGAAACAUUUGAACUGAUUCGUGAGAGCCAGUGA